GGCCUCACCAAGUUACCCAGGCUGGCCUGGACCCUGCCACCCUCCUGUCUCAGCCUCCUGAGUUGCUGGGACCACAGGUGUGCCUCUGCGCCUGACUUCAGUUUCUCUGGGCUCCUCAGAUAGGAUGCAGUCCGUGGCCUGUCUUCAAGUCUGGAUGCUUCCUGCAGCCUGCUGGAACUGCCUGGGGCCUCUAGAGGACUUACUUCCUUACUGCGUGUUUCAGCCCCCGAGUUUCCGUCACUUCCUUCUGUAACGUCUGUGUACACUGGUCCUUCUUGCAGUCUCUUCUCCCACAUGAGCAUGUCUAGAGUUGCUCCCAUGGCUCUUGUCUGGCAGGUGCUGCAUCUGGGUUGGCCCAGGCAGUCUGUCGCAGUUUUCCUGUGUGGGGGCUAUACUUCUGUAUUUCUUGUACACCUCGUAAUUUUUUGGUUGAACAUUUUAAGAGGCAAGUCUGGAAACCAGACCCUCUGGAUUUGUUGUAGCUACUAAUGUUUGUUUGAUAGCUUUACUAGAAUAAUUUUGAACAGUCUGUAUUCUGUUACAAAAUGUGACUGCUAACAUCUCUGUUCUGUCAGCUCUGUGGCCAGUGAGUGGGUGGACACAGAUUCUUACAUGCCCAGAAUGGCAAGCAAACCCAGCUUGGCACAGGGACUCUGUGUGUCCAUCUCACUCCAACCCUUGCCAGGCAGUUCACACAGCAGUCUUGCCCUCACCUCACCCUUCCCUCACUUGCUUGCACUCUGGAGAUCAGCCCAAGGAGAGAUGCAAAGAACUUCUUUGGUCUUUCCUGAGCUUGUGCAUUGCCCAGGCUUGAGCAUGGCAUUCUGGAGUCUCAGGAGUUAGCCGGAACUUUCACAGUCCUUAUUCCCUAAACUGCCUCACUCGCCAGCCUAUCCUCCUAUGAACUCUGCCUAGCCUGUGGUUCAUCACAGCUGUAAACCACGGCCUCAGCAGCAACGAAGGCAUUCGCCAGUGAAUGUUCUCACUCUGCACUGGCUGCCUGGGUGCUGGGAGAGUUGCCAGUUCCGGGAGAUAAAGCCAAGACCUUCGAGCUGGCCUUCUGGAAGCCACCAGACAGGUCCAGACCCAGCCUCCUGAGCUGCGGGCUCUGUGACCUCUUCCGGCAAGACCUCAGAGCGUGCGGCAGGCGCAUGGGGCCAUGGCCCUACUCCCGGGGCGCACAGAGCCCCCCACUUGGCAGCCUGGUGGUGGCGCAGCCCGCGCCCGGCACGUCAUCAUCAACGUGGGUGGCUGCAGGGUGCGCCUGGCCUGGGCUGCGCUGGCGCGCUGUCCCCUGGCACGCCUCGAGCGCCUGCGGGCCUGCCGGGGCCACGACGAGCUGCUGCGCGUGUGCGACGACUACGACGUGAGCCGUGACGAGUUCUUCUUCGACCGCAGCCCGUGCGCCUUCCGCGCCAUCGUGGCGCUGCUGCGCGCCGGCAAGCUGCGGCUGCUGCGCGGACCGUGCGCGCUGGCCUUCCGCGACGAGCUGGCCUACUGGGGCAUCGACGAGGCGCACCUGGAGCGCUGCUGCCUGCGCCGCCUGCGCCGCCGCGAGGAGGAGGCCGCCGAGGCGCGCGCGGGGCCCGUCGGGCGCGGGGCGCCGGGAAGCCCUGCGCGCGCCCUCGGGCAGGGGCGGCUGGAGCGCGGCAGGCGGCGGCUGCGCGACGUGGUGGACAACCCGCACUCGGGGAUGGCAGGCAAGCUCUUCGCUUUUGUCUCGGUGGCAUUCGUGGCCGUCACGGCGGUUGGCCUCUGCCUGAGUACCAUGCCGGACAUCCGUGCGGAAGAGGAGCGGGGCGAGUGCUCCACCAAGUGCCGCAGUCUCUUCGUACUGGAGACGGUGUGCGUGGCCUGGUUCUCCUUCGAGUUCCUGCUACGCUCCCUGCAGGCCGAGAGCAAGUGCGCCUUCCUGCGGAGGCCGCUCAACAUCAUCGACAUCUUGGCCAUCCUGCCCUUCUACGUGUCGCUGCUGCUGGGCCUGGCGGCGGGGCCCGCCGGCAGCAAGCUGCUGGAGCGCGCGGGGCUGGUGCUGCGGCUGCUGCGCGCGCUGCGCGUGCUGUACGUGAUGCGGCUGGCACGCCACUCGCUGGGGCUGCGCUCGCUGGGCCUCACUGUGCGCCGCUGCGCGCGCGAGUUCGGACUGCUGCUGCUCUUCCUCUGCGUGGCCAUGGCGCUCUUCGCGCCGCUCGUGCACCUGGCCGAACGCGAGCUGGGUGCACGCCGCGACUUCUCUAGCGUGCCGGCCAGCUACUGGUGGGCGGUCAUCUCCAUGACCACCGUGGGCUACGGCGACAUGGUGCCGCGCAGCCUGCCGGGGCAGGUGGUGGCACUGAGCAGCAUCCUCAGUGGCAUCCUGCUUAUGGCCUUCCCGGUCACCUCCAUCUUUCACACCUUCUCGCGCUCCUACUCGGAACUCAAGGAGCAGCAGCAGCGCGCCGCCAGCGCCGAGCCGGUCCUGUGCGAGGACAGCACCCACUCGGCCAGCGCCACGGAGGACAGCUCGCAGGGCCCCGAGGGCACCAGGGGUGCGCAGGGCCCUGCGGGACCGCUCCGAGCCGGCAGAGGGGGUGCUGCCCUGGAGCUUCCGGAGGUGCGGUUGCUGGAGGCCAACGCAGGGGUCUGCUGAGCUACCAGCCAGGCUUAGUUUAGUGCACUGACGCUGGCCUGGUCCCCAAAGCGUUGUGCUCCCAGGGAUUCCUGGAGGGUGCUCCCGCCUUGGUCCUCUUACUUUUCCUUCAGUUUUAAAUUUUCUAUGGCUAACUAAAUAAAUCCCCUGGGUCCCAGAAAUUCCACACCUGGAGCAAAUGCCAAGCCACAGUGGCCUGGGCCUGACCCUGACCUGUCAGUCAGGGCAGCCCGGGGAGGAGUGGAGCAGCUAGGAACAGCAGUCCCUUCUGCUGCCUGGUCACUCACAGUGGCAGUGCACAUGGGAGGGAGACCUUCAAAGGCAUCCAGCACUGCUAGUCCAUGUCACCUGCCAAGUAACAAGGCUGAGGCUUGACACAGGCACUUGCAGGCCCUGCUUCUCCUAGUAACCCUCCCUUGGUGGGAUGUCCCAGCCCUGACCUCUGACCCACAUUCCCCGACAGUGGCUCCUCAGGUGACAGGGCCUCCCCCGACAGUGGCAAAGCAGGUGUGCAUGUGGUAUUUCAACCCCUUUGCCCUCCCGCUGGCCUCAGCCACCUCCAUCUAGGGUACCGCAUCUCCUGUACCGGAGUAUUUCUCAAGGCCUGGCUGCAGGAGGAAGUGUAGGGGCAGGAGGGACAGGGAAUCCUCCAGUGGUGCCAGAGCAGCCUUGUCCACAAAAGCAAGGGCAAGUCCACUCUGGGGACAGGGCCGAACUCUCCAGAUGCCACUUUGUACUUUUUCACCAAUGAGCUUGGCCGUCACACCUGAGAAUUCCAGGUCCCCCAGCGGGGGAGGCCCUGUGGGUCCUUUGGAUGCUUCCUAAGAUUCCACUGAAAACCAAUAAAAGUGCAGCCUC